UUAACGGCCUUCUCCCCCCCUCCCCCGGUGGUUUUGGUGCAUGCCGCGUGCCCCGUAGCCCAGGAGGAGGUAGUAGAAGUAGAAGUAGCACCUGAGGCCGAGGCCCAGGUGGAAGAGCCUGAGGUAGAGGCCGAAGCGGAGGCCGAGCCGGAGGAGUACCGCGAGGAGGAAGACGGCUAUGAAGAGGAAGGGGACGAGGGAGAUCCAGAUGAGGAGAAGCCCAAGUUCAAACCGUCUGCUCCGAAGAUCCCAGACGGGGACAAAGUGGACUUUGAUGACAUCCAGAAGAAGCGUCAGAACAAAGACCUGGCGGAGCUGCAGUCGCUCAUCGACGCGCACUUUGAGCACAGGAAGAAGGAGGAGGAGGAGCUCCUGGGCCUGAAGGACAGGAUCGAGAAACGGCGCUCUGAGCGAGCCGAGCAGCAGAGGGUCCGAGCUGAGAAGGACAAAGAGCGGCAGGCCAGGAGAGAGGCGGAGCGGCAGAGGAAGGAGGAGGCCGACGCCCACUGGAAGGCGGAGGCAGAAGCCAAGAAGAAGAUAGCGCUGAGCAGCAUGGGGUCCGGCUACAGCAGCCACCUGCAGAAGAUCGAGACGAAAAGAGGGAAGAAGCAGACGGAAAGAGAGAAGAAGAAGAAGAUCAUGUCGGAGAGAUGCAAACCCCUGAACGUCGAGGGCUUCACUGAGGACAACUUGAGGGAGAAGGCGAAGGAGCUGUGGGAGUGGCUUCACAACCUGGAGGCCAUUAAAUACGACUACUGCGAGAAGCUCACGCGCCAGAGAUACGAGGUCGUCUCCCUGAGGAACCGCAUCGACGAGCUGCAGAAACACAGCAAGAAGGGAGCGGCAGCGCGCCGCCGGAAGUGAGCGGCUGCUGAGCGACGGUCUGCCCGGAGAAGAGGUGCCUCGCCUCGGACACAGCGGCCGCUCAGAGCCGGUCUGCACCCGGAGCUCCGGAGCGGAGUUCUGUCUGGAUCAAUUCUGCUCUAAUAAAUACACUUUAAAAUGUCCUCACUGUGUUUGUGUAAAACAAAUAAAAAAUAUUCAGACAAUAAAAUCAAAUAAUGUUGAUCACCCAGCCUCCAC